AUGCUGACCGCAAUGUCGAAGCAUGUGCUGCAGGCUACCAGCACGGUCCCCAUUGUCCCGAUUUCCUCCCGCACCAUCUCCGACUGUCCCACUUGUCGAGGAGAAGUGCUUUUGUCCGAGAUUGCCAUGGCCGACACUUGCGCCGCGCCGUCUGGAGAAAGGCCCUUUUCCUUUGGCCUCGAGCCGCAAGCUCUCGUCAUAGCAUUCACCCUCCUCGCCUCCUCGCCGCUCCUCAUAGUCUUCGUCCUCCCCAAGAUUGUCCAUAAGGUCGGCCUUGCCUUGGGCUGGACACUUCGGCGGCGGACCGACGGCCGACGGUCCCACCUGCUGGCGCUCAUGACCGAAGACGAUGAGAAAUUCCGGCAGCAGCGAAACGACAUCAAGCAUGGCCUGGCCACCCGCAAGAUAGCCGGGAGCAACUGUCAGGGUUCUCAUGCAGGUGCACAUGACUGGGAUGGCAUAGUAGGCUUCCUCCACCCCUUCUGCAAUGCCGGAGGCGGCGGAGAGCGUGUUCUCUGGGCGGCCAUUCGAGCGACGCAAAUCCAAUGGCCCAAUGCGAAGUGCGUGGUCUACACGGGAGAUCAUGACGUGAACAAGGAGGACAUGCUGCGUCGAGUCAAGAACCGCUUCAACAUCCAACUCCACCCCCCAACUGUCACAUUCCUCUACCUGUCGAAGAGAAACUGGGUGCUCGCUUCGACAUGGCCGUAUUUCACACUGCUGGGCCAGUCGAUUGGCUCCGUCGUCUUGGCGUGGGACGCCUUUUCGCUGCUCGUGCCCGACAUCUUCAUCGACACCAUGGGCUAUGCGUUUUCCCUCGGCCUCUGCAAGUUCCUGUUCCCCCACAUACCGACAGGCGCCUACGUGCACUACCCCACCAUUUCCACCGACAUGCUCGAGUCUCUCGAUGCGACUUCUGCGGUGGGCUCGCAGGGCGUCAAUGCCGGCCAGGGAAGCGGUAGUCGAGGAAUGGUUAAAAGAGCAUACUGGCAGCUAUUUGCGCAGCUGUAUUCCUGGGUUGGUUCAUCCAUUGAUGUCGUCAUGACAAACUCGACCUGGACCCAAGCACAUAUCAAGUCUCUGUGGGGUCCCUGGAGACUUGACAAAGACAAGGCAAAUCCCAUCGCCGUAGUCUACCCCCCUGUUGCAGUGAGCGAGUUGGAACAAGAGGUGGAGGUGUCGGAGACGAGCGAGAAAAAUCGCGAGUCACUGCUGGUCUACAUCGCCCAGUUCCGGCCGGAAAAAAACCACCAGCUUAUCAUCCAAGCGUUUGCAGACUUUCUCAAAACGAGCACGAAAGCUGCAGAAACGGCUCGCCUGGUUCUCAUCGGCAGCGUCCGUGACGACCAGGAUUCGAGGAAGGUGUACCAGCUGCGACUCCUCGUCAACGAGCUAGGGAUCAAGAGCCGGGUUGAGUUCCACCUGGAUGCCUCUUGGCCCGAGAUUCUGGACUGGCUCCGGAGGGCAUCCGUGGGCGUCAACGGCAUGUGGAACGAGCACUUUGGAAUCGGCGUCGUCGAGUACCAGGCUGCUGGUCUCAUAUCCGUCGUGCAUGACAGCGGCGGGCCCAAGCUUGACAUUGUCAUCGAUAUCGACGGUCAGCCGACCGGUGGGUGA